CUUCAACUUGGAAUCAGUAUCUCGUCUCGAAAGAUCAAUAAACCACACAACAUCGACCAACAUGUCCGAGUGCCCCGUCCGCAAGUCCAACGUCGGCGGUGGUGGCACCAGGAACCACGACUGGUGGCCCGCCCAGCUUAGGCUCAACAUCCUCCGCCAACAUACCCCCGUCUCCAACCCCCUCGACAAAGACUUCGACUAUGCCGCUGCUUUCAAGAGCCUCGACUACGAAGGCCUCAAGAAGGACCUCACUAAACUCAUGACCGACUCGCAAGACUGGUGGCCUGCUGAUUUCGGCCACUAUGGCGGUCUCUUCAUCCGCAUGGCAUGGCACAGCGCCGGUACCUACCGUGUCACGGAUGGCCGUGGAGGCGGUGGUGAGGGUCAGCAGCGUUUUGCUCCCCUCAACAGCUGGCCCGACAACGUCUCUCUCGACAAGGCCCGUCGUCUCCUGUGGCCCAUCAAGCAAAAAUACGGCAACAAGAUCUCAUGGUCCGACUUGCUCCUUCUGACCGGUAACGUGGCUCUCGAGUCCAUGGGCUUCAAGACCUUUGGCUUUGCCGGUGGCCGUCCCGACACUUGGGAGGCUGACGAGUCUGUAUACUGGGGUGCCGAGUCCACAUGGCUGGGCAACGAGGACCGCUACUCGGAGGGUCAGGAAGGCCACGAAGGACAUGGUGUCGUCCAAGGUGACGAGUCCAAGAAACAGCACACGGACAUCCACAACCGUGAUCUGCAAAGCCCCCUUGCCUCCUCCCAUAUGGGCCUUAUCUACGUCAACCCCGAAGGUCCUGACGGUAUUCCCGACCCCGUUGCCUCAGCCAAGGAUAUCCGUGUCACCUUUGGCCGCAUGGCUAUGAACGACGAGGAGACUGUCGCUCUGAUUGCGGGUGGUCACUCCUUUGGCAAGACUCACGGUGCCGGUCCCACUCACCACGUCGGCAAGGAGCCCGAGGCUGCUCCUAUCGAGCACCAAGGUCUCGGCUGGGCGAACAGCUUUGGCCAGGGCAAGGGUCCCGACACCAUCACCAGUGGUCUUGAAGUCACUUGGACACCAACUCCUACCAAGUGGGGCAUGGGCUACCUGGAAUACCUCUACAAGUUUGACUGGGAGCCGACAAAGAGCCCUGCUGGUGCCAACCAGUGGGUGGCCAAGAACGCCGAGCCCACCAUCCCAGAUGCCUACGACCCCAACAAGAAAAAGCUCCCGACCAUGUUGACGACCGAUAUUGCCCUGCGCAUGGAUCCCGCUUAUGACAAGAUCUGCCGCGAUUACCUUGCGAACCCAGACAAGUUCGCCGAUGCUUUUGCCCGCGCUUGGUUCAAGCUUCUUCAUCGUGACAUGGGCCCGCGUACUCGCUGGAUCGGUCCCGAGGUCCCAUCUGAGAUCCUACCUUGGGAAGACUACAUUCCUCCCGUAGACUACCAGAUCAUUGACGAUAACGACAUCGCGGCCUUGAAGAAGGAGAUUAUGGCCACCGGUGUCGCUCCAAAGAAGCUGAUCUUCGUUGCCUGGUCCUCGGCUUCCUCUUUCCGUGGCUCUGACAAGCGCGGUGGUGCCAAUGGUGCCCGUAUCCGUCUCGCUCCUCAAAACGAGUGGAAGGUCAACGACCCUUCCACGCUCCGCGAGGUCCUUGCUGCGCUCGAGUCUGUGCAGCAAAAGUUCAACGACAGUUCGAGCGGCAAGAAGGUCUCCUUGGCUGAUCUCAUCGUCCUUGGUGGUGUCGCCGCCCUUGAGCAAGCUUCUGGCUUGGUGGUCCCUUUCACCCCAGGCCGCAACGACGCCACUCAGGAGCAGACCGAUGUGCAUUCUUUCACUCACCUCGAGCCCCACGCCGACGGCUUCCGCAGCUAUGGUAAGGGUACCAAGCGCGUACGCACCGAGCAGUUUCUCAUUGACCGUGCCUCGCUGCUCACUCUCUCUGCGCCCGAGCUUACUGCCCUCAUUGGCGGUCUCCGUGUGCUAGAGGCCAACUAUGAUGGCUCAUCCUACGGUGUGUUGACCAAAACACCCGGCAAGCUUACCAACGACUUCUUUGUCAACCUGUUGGACACCAACACGGCAUGGAAGGCGGCGGAUAAUGAGGGCGAGGUCUUCAUUGGCUAUGACCGCAAGACACACGAUAAAAAGUGGACUGCGACAAGGGCCGAUCUCAUCUUCGGAGCGCAUGCUGAGCUUCGCGCGCUUGCGGAGGUGUAUGCCGCGGUGGAUGGCGAGGAGAAGUUCAAGCGCGACUUUGUGGCGGCUUGGCACAAGGUCAUGAACCUUGAUCGGUUCGAUCUCAAGCAGGAGGGACGGGGCCAGAAUGCCCCCAAGCUUUAGGAGGCUGAUCAGGUACUGCUGUACAGCAGAGAGCUGCGUUGGCGGAUUGCUUGGAUGGAGGCUAGUCGAGCGGAUCAUUGGGAUGAUUGGAUUCAAAGACAUCACUACAAGAAGGCCUUGCGCUGGUUCAAAAGAGCACUGGACGACCUUGAGAAGUGGAGGGACUCCGGAUUGGGUGCGCUACCGCGUCCAGAAAACACAGAAAGAGUACUGAAAGACGUGAUAAGUCAAUACCGGAAUGGCAAGUAUUGAGACGAAUUGGAAUGAUACUGGUACGAGCAAAGUUAGCAAUCGGUUUAUUCAGAUAAAUAGUGUAAUUGAGAGAUUAAAUAUGAAUGAGCAUCGCCUUAG